GAGGGUGAGGAAGGCUUGGCUGAAGAAGAAGAGGAGGAGGAGGAGGAAGAGGAUGAAGAUUCAGAGCAAAACCUUCCCGUGUCGACCAGACCUGCCUGUGCGAAUAAAUUGAUCGAUUAUAUCAUCGGGGGAGUAUCCAGCGGGGAGGAGAGUGAGGCUGAGGAGGACUGGGAUGAUGAUGAUGAAGAGGAGGAGGAGGAUGAUGAUGAUGGGUUUGACAGCGAAGAGCUCCCCUCGGACUCAGACGGCGCCAGCCACGGCGGGGAGAGGCUUAACCUUUGGAACUCUUUCUACAGUUUGGACCCCUACGACCCUCAGAACUUCACAGCCACCAUCCAGACAUCUUCCAGCGAGCUGGGAAAGGUGAUGUCGGAUGUGGAAGAAGAGGAGGAGGAGGAGGAGGAGGAGGAAGAGGAAGACUCGUGGGCAGAGUCGUCUUCAGGCUCUCACAGCUCCGAGGAGCAGGAGGACGAGUGGGACUGUGGCAGUGUGGAUGAGGCAGAGAACUUGAAGCUUUGGAACUCGUUCUGUACCUCGGACGAUCCCUACAACCCUUUGAAUUUCACGGCAGCCUUUCAGCCCGCGGAGAAAAAAGGUGCCAGGGAGGCAGAGAGGCUGAGCCUGGUCACCACUGAGCACUUCAGCGUCUGCCAAGUGCAGCUGGACAGGCACAGCAGCGAUCCGGGGCAGCCUGGGAUCCUGGCUGGGGAGAAAAGUGCGAAUCCCAAGCGGAAAAAGGUCACCUUCCUUGAGCAAGUGACAGAGUAUUACAUAAGCAGCGAGGAGGACCGAAAAGGGCCCUGGGAGGAGAUGGCUCGGGAUAGCUGCAGGUUCCAGAAGAGGAUCCAGGAGACAGAAGAAGCCAUAGGAUAUUGCUUCACCACAGAGCAUAGACAGAGAGUAUUCCACAGGCUCCAAGAGACCUUUUCCCAGAGGCUUGAUCUCUUCUAG